AUCAAGAGCUCCGCGUUGUUUGAUUAUCGCGAUUAUCGUCGUUCCACUUCAUUCAUUCAUAGAAUUAUUUUUUCUGGGAUGUAAGAAUUUGAACAGAAUGGUGUGAUUUUAUUUCAGUGAAUUUUUUCGCUUCGGUUGCAAAUACUUUUGGAUAUUUUCAAGAGAUAUUUUUGUUGAACGUCCUUCACAAUGGCGUCGUCUUCUAAUGUAAAUGGAAAUAUUGUUGAUGAGCUUGAAGAAGCCUUUCAGUCAUGCAUCCAUGCUCUAACGAAGGAAGAAUCGGCUACCGGCGUAGACAAGGAUGAAAUUAAAUUGGAAGUUGAUCAGACAACGUUGAAAUUCAUCGAUUUAGCACGGCAAAUGGAAACAUUCUUUUUACAAAAACGUUUUUUGUUAUCGGCAUUAAAGCCAGAUUUACUACUAAAGGAGGAAAAUUUUGAUCUAAAGCAAGAAAUUGCUCGAAAAGAUGAAUUAAUCCGGAAGCACUACGAUAAAAUAGAAUCUUGGAAAAAUUUGCUUUCUGAUCAGCAAUCUUACAAUAAACCAAUUCAGGCACUGCCACCAGAACUGCGUGGUAAUCUUGCUGGAGGUGCUCCGGGAGGACCGGGUAUGAUGCCGGGUGGAAUGCAUAUGACAAUGCAGAACUCGAUGCAAGUACAACAGAUGCAAGCUCAGCAACAGCAAAUGCAAAUGAUCCAGGCUCAGCAAAUGCAGCAGCAGAUGCAAUCAAUGCCUAUUGGUGCAAAUCCACAACUUUUCUCACAAUCUGGCGGUGGACGGGGUGUUGGCGCUGGUGGUGGCUUUCAGCAGAGUCCUAAUCUUCAAGGACCGUUAGCCUAUCUGGAGAAAACUGCCAGCAAUAUAGAUCUAGUUGGAAUGGGGGAUGGUCGAAGGUGACGCGGGCGGGGCAGGGGGCGCGGAAGAGGCCGUGGUCGUGGCAGAGGCCGCGGACGUGGUAAUGCUCCCGAGUUUCAUAGCGGAACGUUAUCUUGAGAAAGGAUCACUACCUUGCCACGGUAGGCGUCGUCAUUAGUUUAUAUUACAAUAUACAAACAACAUUGUCCACUCUAAAAGCAGCAAAAAAUUAACCUUAGCAAUCCAAUGCUCCUUCAACCUGUUGAACAAAGCUAUCGUUUUUGGCCUCUAUAUUCCUUUAAAAUUCUGAGCGAAGAAUACAGUUAAUCCAAACACGGGCAGGCAGCAAGAGACACGUUUGAGAUAGGAUACAACAAUUACCAAAUUGCUAUGAAUUGAAUUGUGAAUCGGUUGUGUGUUGUAGUGUAAGUCUAAUACCUUAUGAUCAUUUUCAAAAAUGAAGAUAAACGAACGUUACGCUGUGGGGCGCUUGAACCCGAUUUAAAAUAAGAAAAAGAGAAGAUAACAUUGAAUUCAGAUUACAGAAAAAGUAUUCAACCAUGUGUGGGAGGUAAAUUUGAAGUUCUCUAGCGAGAGAGAGUGAGAGGCAGUUAGUUUUGCCGUAGAAACAAAAAUAAAUAUUGCAAUUGAGUUUUAUAUAAGCCGUUAAAUGAGUUGUGUACAGAUCUCGGAUAGUUUUCUUCGUUUCGUUUCGAAUGUCACUCAUUAAGCACGAUGUCCAGUUUCACCCUGCUAUUUCUGGGCCAAUAAUUUUUUCCUGCUUUUAAAUCUCUGGACAGUAAGCAACUCUGCUGCAGCACGAGUUGAGGUUUGUCCUACUUGAUAAUAAAGUAAACCUGUGUGUCGUAA